AGAUGUUAGUUUUCAGAAGACCUUGACUCCCCUCACAUGGCUGCAGUUCCAUUGCGGAUCUGCACUUGUUGUCCAGCUCCGAGCAUGUCAUCUGUUGUGAACGGGACUAAAAAUGAUCCAUCAUCUUCUUACGACGGAUUAUUUCUCUUCAUUAAAGCCGGAUCAGAUGCUCACCAAAUUGGGCCGUGUCUGCAUUGUCAGAAAAUAUUCAUGUACAUGGUCGCCAAGGGUCUCGAGUUCAGUUUCUCACUAGUAGACAUGCGCAAGAACCAACACAAAGUGAAAGAGUUGUCGCCUGGGGGCAAGUUGCCGAUACUAGCAGUUUACGAGAAUGGAGAUCCGAAACUGGUGAAGGACGGAGUUGUGGAGAUUGAACAAUAUUUGCAGAAAGCCAAUUUGGGCGAAGACAGAAUUGGAGAUCCUGAGGCGGAUGAUUUGGUCACGGAUGUCUUGACAAAGUUCUCAGCGUAUAUCCGGAAUAAGGAUCCACAACAUGAUCUCAAAUUAAAACACAAUCUGUACGUGAAGCUGGAGCACAUCAAUAAUUACCUGGUGAAGACUGGCACUAAGUUUCUGAGUGACGACGAGGAACUGACUCUGCCCGACUGUGCCCUGCUGCCUCGUCUGUUCCACAUAGUUCACGCAUGUCAAGGCAUCAAGGGAGUCAAUGUCCCGGCAGAGACCACAAACCUCACUGCGUUGUGGGAGUAUUUCAAGCGAGGCAAAGAGACGAAGGAGUUCGAAGUGUCCCAAUACGAUCCCUCAGACGUCAUAGCCUACUGGAAUGAUAUGCGAAAGUGAUGGAAUCAGUAAAAUUCAACAUUGAAUCGCGUAGCUCUGACCUAGUUACAAUAGGCAGAUAAUGGACGGCAAAACGGCUUUUUACUUUAACAGUGCAAUAGUUAUUGGAAGUUCAUUAAUUAAAUUAAUCCCAUGUAAUUCAUAGGACUCGAUCUAUAUCAAAAAAGUCUUCUGGAUUUUGAAUUAUGCUGCAGGUCUAACUCUAUCGAAAUGUGCCACAAAGAUCAACAUCAUCAUUUUCAGUUAAUUUCGUUAUAUUUAUCACUAGUUUUUCGUAAAGGAGGCGUCAGGCAAUCAAUCAUCAGAUGUAAAUUGUAGGUGAUAUUUUUUUAUACAAAUUUUGUAAAUAAAUUUUUGUUGGUAUAACCGGAGCGAGUUUUGUUUGAAACGCUAUGUUCAAUUUAAUGUUUCCACCAAAA